UUCAUCAUCAGAUUAGCUUGGCGAUUCUCUCUCUCCUCUCUCUAACAAUGGAAGGUUGGAGUCCUUUGAUGGAAGGCUGGAAAGCGAAGCUAAAGCAAGCAUCUUUUCUCUGGCUCGAUGGAUUUCGUGAGGCUUGUUGUCUUCAUAGAGUCGUAAUCUACUGUCUCAGAUCGAGACAGCUUAUGAUCCGUACAGGACAGUGUUUUCUAUUGAAUGGUUUUAUUUUUUUAGGAAGUAUCUUCAUUUUGAACUCAGUUGUUAUUCCAGCUUUGUUUUGGUUAUUACCUGAUCUUUGUCCACGAAUUAGUCUUCAAGAACCUUGCUCUUAUGAAGGUGUAUUAAUAUUCUAUUCCUUUUUACGCCUUGGCCUUGUACAACUCUUCUAUAUCUUUUGGUUCUAUCCGUUGUAUAUAUUCAGCUUCAUUCUAAGCACUCUCUGGUAUAACGAUAUUGCUAAAUUUGGGUUCCUUGCCAUCGAAAGUCCUGAAAAUGAUGACAAAGAUUCUAGAAACGACGAGCAUUCACUCACAAGCCAUCAAGAGUCGCAAUACUCGCAUAAUGCUAAUAAUGCCGAUAAACCAAUUAAUAUUGGAGGAAUCAUGAUUGGAAUAGCCGAGCAAACAUAUUCACUUAUUCUCUUGAGUUUCUUCUUCUUACAGGUUUAUAUCACGGGAUUCAUCCCUUAUGUUGGGAAACCGUUAAAUUUCCUACUUCUGUCAUGGAUGUAUGCGUACUAUUGCUUCGAGUACAAAUGGAAUUUCUCUGGGAUAAGUUUGGACAUAAGACUUGACUUCUUUGAAUCAAACUGGGCAUUUUUUGCUGGAUUUGGAAGCACUUGUGUUAUUCCUUUGAUCUUUUUCUCUCCUCUUGUUAGCUAUGGUGUUAUGGCUAUCCUCUUUCCACUGUUUGUUUUGACGGCUACUGGUUCAGACGCUGACAAACUCAUGACAACUUCUCGAAGGAAAUGGAGGGGCGCUGGACUAAAAAGACUUCCAAUAUUUGCAACUGCAGAUUAUAUGUCGUUGAAGGUCUUAUCAUUCAUUCCAUUUGAACCUAAAGACAAAACGAAGAACACCUAAGCCAAAGAAAAGGUGCCAUCUGAAGAAGGUUUUUUUCUCUCUAAAUGGCUGGGAAAUGACACAGCUCUUUUGAAAACAAGAAGAGUCAUUUGAUACGAUUGUAGAUAGCGAUAUAUUAUGUGACGCCACUUUGAUUGAUUCUUUCGGCUUACUUCUAUGAUGCCAAAUUAGUGUUAAUAUUUACAAUUAUUUUGUUUGGGUUCAUUUAUAAUGUUAUGCUACAAACUUAAACUAUAUCUACCAUAUUUGAAAGAAAUUAUUGCAUUCUGUGUUAUGUAGGUACAAGGAAAUGCUCAAAUAUUCAUUGUACAUAUGGAUAAAUUAAUUCUUAUUGCUCAAUAUUAUCUUCUAUAGAGAAAGUUAUUUGA